GCGCGGCGUCCCGGCCCCGCCAAUGCGGCCCGCGGCCGGCUGAGGCGGCGCGGCGGAGCGCUCGCCCGCGCCCUCCCGAAAGAUGUCCUCGCAGGGCAAGUCUAAGAAGGACAAAGAGAUCAUCGCGGAGUACGAUGCGCAAGUGAAGGAGAUCCGCACACAGCUGGUGGAGCAGUUCAAAUGCCUGGAGCAGCAGUCGGAGUCGCGCCUGCAGCUGCUGCAGGACCUGCAGGAGUUCUUCCGCAGGAAGGCCGAGAUCGAGCUGGAGUACUCCCGCAGCCUGGAGAAGCUGGCCGAGCGCUUCUCCUCCAAGAUCCGCGGCUCCCGUGAGCACCAGUUCAAGAAGGAUCAGCACCUCCUCUCCCCAGUGAACUGCUGGUACCUGGUGCUGACGCAGACCCGUCGGGAGAGCAGGGAUCACGCCACCCUGAACGACAUCUUCACAAACAAUGUCAUCGUGCGGCUGUCGCAGAUCAGCGAGGAUGUCAUCAGGCUCUUCAAGAAGAGUAAGGAAAUUGGCUUACAGAUGCAUGAAGAACUCCUGAAAGUCACCAACGAGCUGUACACGGUGAUGAAGACCUACCACAUGUAUCAUGCAGAAAGCAUCAGUGCUGAGAGCAAGCUGAAGGAGGCAGAGAAGCAGGAGGAAAAGCAGUUCAACAAGUCAGGGGAUGUCAGCGUGAACCUUCUGCGGCACGAGGAGAGGCCACAGCGGCGGAGCUCCGUCAAGAAGAUUGAGAAGAUGAAGGAGAAGAGACAAGCCAAAUACUCUGAAAACAAGCUGAAGUGUACUAAAGCCAGGAAUGACUACCUGCUGAACCUGGCAGCCACCAACGCAGCUGUCAGUAAAUACUAUAUCCACGAUGUCUCUGACCUCAUUGAUUGCUGUGACCUGGGGUUCCAUGCCAGCCUUGCGCGGACCUUCCGGACGUACCUGUCUGCUGAAUACAACCUGGAGACCUCCCGCCACGAGGGCCUGGACAUCAUUGAGAAUGCAGUGGACAACCUGGAUGCGCGGAGCGACAAGCACACCAUCAUGGACAUGUGCAAUCAGGUCUUCUGCCCUCCACUGAAGUUCGAGUUCCAGCCCCACAUGGGGGAUGAGGUGUGCCAAGUCAGUGCCCAGCAGCCUGUGCAGACUGAGCUGCUGAUGCGGUACCACCAGCUACAGUCCCGCCUGGCCACCCUUAAGAUAGAGAAUGAAGAGGUACGAAAAACUCUGGAUGCCACAAUGCAGACUUUGCAGGACAUGCUGACAGUGGAAGAUUUUGAUGUUUCAGAUGCCUUCCAGCACAGUCGCUCCACUGAGUCGGUCAAAUCAGCUGCUUCAGAGACCUACAUGAGCAAAAUAAACAUCGCCAAGAGGAGAGCCAACCAACAGGAGACUGAGAUGUUCUAUUUUACAAAAUUUAAAGAGUAUUUGAAUGGCAGUAACCUUAUCACAAAGCUCCAGGCUAAGCACGACCUGCUGAAGCAGACUCUUGGGGAAGGUGAAAGAGCUGAAUGUGGAACAACCAGGCCCCCAUGUCUUCCCCCUAAGCCACAGAAAAUGAGGAGACCUAGGCCUCUCUCAGUCUAUAAUCAUAAACUCUUUAACGGCAAUAUGGAAACGUUCAUUAAGGAUUCUGGACAGGCCAUUCCACUUGUAGUAGAAAGCUGCAUUCGUUACAUCAAUUUGUAUGGCCUUCAGCAGCAGGGCAUUUUCCGAGUUCCUGGCUCACAGGUAGAAGUCAACGACAUCAAGAAUUCCUUUGAACGAGGUGAAGAUCCCCUUGCUGAUGAUCAGAAUGAACGUGACAUCAACUCAGUGGCUGGAGUCUUGAAGCUGUAUUUUCGAGGACUGGAAAACCCCCUCUUUCCUAAGGAAAGGUUUCAAGAUUUGGUAUCUACUAUAAAAACUGAGAAUCCCACCGAGAGGGUGCACCAGAUCCAGCAAAUCAUCGUCACUCUGCCCCGGGCUGUCAUUGUUGUCAUGAGAUAUCUAUUUGCUUUCCUCAAUCACUUGUCACAGUACAGUGAUGAGAACAUGAUGGAUCCCUACAACCUGGCCAUCUGCUUUGGGCCCACUCUGAUGCACAUUCCAGACGGGCAGGAUCCGGUGUCCUGUCAAGCCCAUGUCAAUGAGGUCAUCAAAACCAUCAUCAUCAACCACGAGGGCAUCUUCCCCAGCCACAGAGAGCUGGAAGGACCUGUCUAUGAGAAGUGCAUGACUGGAGGGGAGGAAUACUGCGACAGCCCUCACAGUGAGCCAGGCACCAUUGAUGAAGUUGACCACGACAAUGGCACGGAGCCACACACCAGUGAUGAUGAAGUGGAGCAGAUUGAAGCCAUAGCAAAGUUUGACUAUGUUGGACGGUCUCCACGAGAGCUGUCCUUUAAGAAAGGGGCGUCGCUCCUCCUGUACCAUCGGGCAUCAGAAGAUUGGUGGGAAGGGAGACACAACGGUGUGGAUGGCCUCAUACCCCACCAAUACAUUGUGGUGCAAGACAUGGACGAUGCUUUCUCUGACAGCCUGAGCCAGAAGGCGGACAGCGAGGCAAGCAGCGGCCCGCUGCUGGAUGACAAGGCCUCCUCCAAGAACGACAUCCAGUCCCCGACGGAUCACCUUGUGGACUACAGCUUUGGCGGGGUCAUGGGCCGAGUGAGAUUGAGGUCUGACGGUGCAGCUAUCCCUCGCCGUCGAAGCGGGGGGGACACCCACAGCCCACCCCGGGGGCUGGGUCCUGGCAUAGACACUCCUCCUCGAGCGGCCGCCUGCCCUAGCAGCCCCCACAAAAUUCCUCUAAGCAGAGGCAGGAUUGAGAGCCCUGAAAAGCGCAGGAUGGCGACAUUCGGCAGUGCAGGGAGCAUCAAUUUCCCAGACAGGAAGGCCUUGUCUGACGGCCACCCGCUGCGAUCGACUUGUGGAUCCACCAGGCACAGUAGUCUUGGAGAUCAGAAAUCUCUAGAAGCAGAAGCACUUGCCGAGGACAUCGAGAAGACCAUGAGCACGGCCCUGAACGAGCUGCGGGAGCUGGAGCGGCAGAACACGGCCAAGCAGGCUCCCGACGUGGUGCUGGACACGCUGGAGCUCCUCAAGAACCCCCCGCUGGGCGCCGCCAACUCAGAGCCCGCCAGUCCUCUGCACACCAUCCUCAUCCGGGACCCCGAUGCCGCCAUGCGGCGCAGCAGCAGCUCCACCGCCGAGAUGAUGACCACCUUCAAACCGGCGCUAUCGGCCCGGCUGGCCGGGGCACAGCUGCGGCCCCCCCCCAUGCGCCCGGCGCGCCCUGCGGUGCAGCACCGCUCCAGCAGCAGCAGCAGCUCGGGGGUGGGCAGCCCCGCCAUCACCCCCACCGAGAAGCUGUUCCCCAGCGGCGCAGCGGACAAGUCGGGCACCAUGUAGCUGCGGUGCUGCGCUCGGGAGAAGCCUGCAGGCAGCGCCACCAGAAUGACGCAGCUGUGGGUGUGCAGCGUGGGCCCCUAACCGCUGGGAAGCUGCCUGGGCUCACGGCCGUGUGGCAGAGGGGGUGGCAGAUCUGCGUGUCAUCACUGGAGAAUGCGCGUUACACGUAGAAGUAUAUAUUAAGAAGUGUACAGAAUUUGGUGACUUUUUUAAAAAGUAGAUUUACCUCAGAAACUGGCUCUGAAAUGUCCUCGCUAGAGACGCUGGGUUGGUUCUGUCAUUUCUUCCAGGCUCUGUGUGUGUGCGUGGCCCUGCAUAGCAGCUGUGUGCCCAGCGGUGCCGGGCUGCUCCUGGGAGCUGGGCUGCACCCUGCACGGCUGGGGAAGCAGAAGGGGCUCGGCAGGCCCUGCUGGCACAGCCAGGUGCAGCGCAGGCCCUGGGCUGGGGCUUCAGCAUCAGCAGCAGAUAAGAACUGGCACCAAACCUGUGGUAAAGCAUAAAUAGAGAACUUACACAGCCUGAGACGAUUCUUCUUUCCCUUUCCCCGUAACACUUUUUUUUUAGUUUUACCUGUCAGUAUCUCAACAAAUGGGGCUGAAGGUGAGGGGGCUCCGGGGCGGCAACUCCUGGGCGGUUGCACAGCAGUACGUGAGGGUCUCGAUUCAGAUUGCGUCUUGCAUGCAAAGCAUGAGCCAUAUUUGACCAUAUCAGACGUGUAGCCGAUCUGAUGGGGCGACAUUUUGCACUUUCUGUACUGUACUGUAUAAUGCAGCGGUUUGAGUUCAUGCAAAGAAAUGGACAGUUUGUUUUUCCUCGGAACGUUUAACCCAGAGAAAAAGGAUAUGCAGAAAGAGCUGGGGAUUGCAUGGGGUUUGUCCGAUAGCCACAUCUGUGUAGCGCUGAAUCCAAGACGCUCUGUGCUUCUCCUGCAGUCUCCCUCCGUGCGCAGCUUUCUGCGCUGUGACCCGCGCUGUAACGCAGCCCCAUCCCCACCAUCGCUCCCCGAGCGGCGCCUGACUGCCGGCCCGCAGCCCCCGCCCCCCCCCCCCCCCGGCCCCCAGGCAGGGCGGCGGGGCAGCGGCGCGGCGGCUCCGGGUGCCGCUGCUGUGCGGGGCUGCGCGCCCGCUCUGCUCUUCGUCGCUGUAUUUGCUUCGGUGCUGGGAAGUAACUGUUGAAGUGUAAGCUGUACAAAAAUAGGGUAAGAUUAGAUGAAAGCCAAUGCCGCUCACCGGAUCUUUGCACUUAGUAGGUAGCUCAAUGUACAAAUAAAAAGUAACGUUAAAAAAAAGAAAUAAAAGCAGCAACCUGACCUUUCGGUGUACAUAGUGGGGGAAAGUACUGUACGUAGUGGUCCUGUCGUUGUUCCUCGGUAUAACGCUGUAAGGGGAAAUGGUGUUGACGUGCUUGUCGAUUCCCAUCGGUGACAUUUGUAACUCCCGCCGUCAGUUCCUAUGGGUGUUUGUUUCUCUCCUGGCUUCUCCCCUCCCACAGCGGGCUGAGCCGCGGCUCUGCGGCAUCCCGGCACCGCGCUGAUCCGCAGCCGAGGGGGAGCAGAGCCGUGUGCGCAGAGCUGUGCAGCCACUGCCGGCCGCGUUUUCCAUCCGGUUCCUGGAGAACGUUCACUUGGCUCUUCUGUUUAUUUCCUUUAUUUUUUAAUAUACUUUCAGAGAUGACUUGGGAGCAAACUGUGUUUGUUGGGUUUGGUUUUUUUCCUACCUUCUUUUGAAGAUGCGGUACAAAUGCCAGUGUUUUUCUAUUAAAUUAUUGCCUUUUGUUUUCUUUUGUUUUAUUGCGGGUUUUAAUACAGUUAUUUUCUUAACGUUAAGUGCCUUUUUGAGCACCAGAACAAAGGCCUGGAAUCGAUGUCCUUGGAGCUGCGUCCCGAUUUCCUUUGUACAGUUACGUUGUGCUGUGGCUGGUUGCUUUUGAAGUACUGCUAAUUAUCAUUUUUGUUUUUUAACGAAAGGAAGCCGAGACGUUUUGUGGAAGAGUAAGCAACCCCUUUUUAAUACGGUAUUCCAAUUGUAGUUUUAACUGCUGUAAAUUUAGGGGGGGGGCGGGGGGAAAUGUAUUUUUCUGUAACUCGGCACAAAGUGUAACCACACGGUAGGAGUAUCAUAACUGGAACCCGCUCACGUUCUGUGAGUGACUUUAUCCUGCUCCUCGAUAUCUCUUCCAAGGCUCAAAGACUGGAGGCUCACCGAGUCCCGGGGCGGUUGGCUGCAGCCUGCAGGAGCCCGGGGCCCCAGGGCCGUUCCUGCUGAGCCCCGGGCCCGCGGGAGGUGGGGCCGCCCCGGGGGCUUCUCUGCCAUGCAGAGCCGGUGCCGCCCCGGCGCCUGCGGCCCCCAGCCCUGAGCCCGUCCCAGGACUGCGGCCGAGUGAGCGUUGCUACGGGAGGCCCUCGUGCCCGGCCCUGGCGCUGCGAUCUCUCGUCCUUCGGCUGCGGUGCCCGGUGCCCUGCCUGCAGCGCUGAGCCGUGCGCCUAACGAGCGGCGCUGUGUUUUCACAGUGUGGCACGGGAUGUCCCGAGGCUCCUGGUGCUGGGCUGCGUGCUCUGCUGGGCUUUGGUUCUGUCAGGAAACCUCAGGAACUGCUGUGGGCUGCCCCUCGUCGCGGUUGUCGUCCUCCCUGUGGGUGUUGUCUCUGUAACGUGUGGUGCGAUGCCGUCAGCUAGAGCGGUUGGGUCCUCUGUCCUGUGCGCUGAUGAUGCCGUGUAGAUGGAGCCACUGCUUGGAGGUGGACUCGUCCUGUUGAAUAAAACUGCUUAACUUUUCU